UGUCAUGAGGAUCCCAUGUUAAGCCCUCGGCGGAAGUGCGUUGUGAGUGGAGGAAGUGUGUUACGUAGUCUGGGUGGUUCCCAAUUCUGGCCCGAGGGAACUUUAUCCGGUUUGAUGGAAGAGAUGUCAGGAGAGAGUGUGGUGAGUUCUGUGGUGAGUUCUGUGGUGCCUGCAGCUACAACCCGCACCACCUCAUUCAAAUGUGCCAGUACUAGCUCUAAGUAUGUGAAAUUGAAUGUAGGUGGUGCCCUCUACUACACCACCAUGCAGACUCUGACCAAACAAGACACCAUGCUGAAAGCAAUGUUCAGUGGCAGGAUGGAGGUGCUUACAGACAGUGAAGGUUGGAUUUUGAUCGACCGCUGUGGAAAGCACUUUGGGACUUUAUUAAAUUACUUGCGAGAUGGAGCUGUACCACUGCCAGAAACCCGUAGAGAGAUAGAAGAACUUCUGGCAGAAGCAAAGUAUUAUCUUGUGCAGGGACUUGCAGAUGAAUGUCAGGCUUCUUUGCAGAAUAAAGAUGUCUAUGAGCCUUUCUGCAAAGUUCCAGUCAUCACUUCCUCAAAAGAAGAACAAAAGCUUAUUGCCACAUCAAACAAGCCAGCAGUGAAACUCCUCUACAACAGAAGCAAUAACAAGUAUUCCUACACCAGUAACUCUGAUGAUAAUAUGCUGAAGAACAUCGAGCUGUUUGACAAGCUGUCCCUAAGGUUUAAUGGACGUGUCUUAUUCAUAAAGGAUGUCAUUGGAGAUGAGAUCUGCUGCUGGUCCUUCUAUGGCCAGGGACGCAAAAUUGCAGAGGUUUGCUGCACCUCCAUUGUGUAUGCUACAGAAAAGAAACAAACAAAGGUGGAGUUUCCUGAAGCACGAAUAUAUGAAGAGACAUUAAACAUUCUACUAUAUGAGGCUCAGGAUGGGCGAGGGCCAGAUAAUGCUCUUCUUGAGGCUACAGGUGGGGCUGCUGGACGUUCACAUCACCUUGAUGAUGAUGAUGAGCGUGAGCGCAUUGAACGAGUUAGACGGAUCCACGUCAAGAGACCAGACGACAGAGCUCAUCUUCACCAAUAAGACCUUUUAUACUUUCCUUCUUUUGUGACCGUCCAGAACUGACCUCUACCUCCUCAAACGUAGCCUUGCUCACAUAGGAGAAGGCAUUUCAUACCAACAGAAGGGGAAGGGUUUUUUAUACGCACACUUGUGCUUUCAAUUCCAGCAUCAGCCACUUAUCACUUUGUCAUAUCACUUUAAGGGACAACAUAAUAUAUUUGUAUUUUAUUCCCUUAUGGACCUUUGCUUUCCUCAGGCUCUCUAGACUGGCAUGGAAUUGUCACAGAGGCUCUGGUCUUUUAACAAUGUUUAGUUUGAUAUUCUGUGAUGUAUUGCCUAUAUGCUGCGCUGUGGCAGAAGCUGUGACCUUUCGGUAUGUAUUUCCCAAUAUGUAUGGAGAAUAUCGACAAACCAAUGAAGUUACCGGAUACUUUCAUAGCUCCACCAAACUCCAGAUGCCUUACAAGUUCAUUUAUAGCAAAACAUUGUCCUCCAGAGUACAAUACCAAAUUUCCCAAACAGUGUUAUUGAAAUGCGCCUUCGUGGCAGUUUUAAAUAAUAAUAAAUAACCCAUCUAUUGCUAGAAAGGGCCGUGGUCUUUGUAAGCUAGAAAGGGGUUUUUUUUUUUUUUUUUUUUUUACUUAACUUUAGUCUGGGAAUAAGCUUUUUUUUUUACCCGGAGAAACACAAUGCACCUUUUUUGAGUUUGUUUUUAUGUCAGGAUUAUUAUUAUAUAUAUUUCUUGGGUUUUUAUGAAUCUGCAGUCCCUUUCGUGUAAAAAAAAAAAAAAAAAAUUAAACCAUAACUUAUACUGUUUUCUCCAAUAAACACAAACCUGGACUUAA